CAUCAAAACCGUGUACCACAAGAAGCUGUUAAUGGGGUGAAAAGUAGUAUGGAAAAGGCAAGGAUCACUCCAAUGUUCAGUGCUUUAGAUGUGACCAAUACGGACACUUCGCUUCAACCUGUGCAGAACGCAAUACAUGAAACUGUUAUCUUGCAUGAAAACAAUGUGUCUCUGAACAGUUUCAAGAAUGAGGAAAAAGAUGAAGACAUAUGGUACAUAGAUAAAGGAGCCACUAAACAUGACUGGUAGCUGUUCAUACCUUUUGGAGCUCAAUUAAUAAGUCUCUGGGAAUGUUAGGUUUGGGGACGGCUCGUGGGUCGCAAUAAAGGGAAAGAGCUCGAUUUUGUUUGAAACCAAAUCUAGGGCACAAAAGCUUUUAACUAACAUCCUUUUUUAUCCCCAAACUCCAUAACAUUAUAAGCUCGGGACAAACAAAUAAAUCUGGUUGUAAAAUCUUUGAUGGAUGAAGAUUAUCUAGUCAUGGAUGAAGAUUUCUCGAUAGCUGAUGUAAUCGAGACUUGUGGUUAUCAUUUGGGGUCAAUAAAUGAUGCAGAAUUCAGCUCAGAGAGGAGCAAUGGUACUGCCCAGGUCACAGCUGUCAGUCUCAGGACUGCUGCUUGCGUUAGUCUCAGGAUUGGCAUCACUGGUUCUCCUCAGUCCUAUCAGCCCUCGAUGCCACAAACAGCAACUCCAAACCAGAGAGAAUGUGCCAAGGAGACCCUCUCGAGUGCCUGUGACAGCAGUCAGAUUUAAUGAUUAUCUUAUGAGCUGAAGGAUUGAUCAUGAAGAUCUCAAGCUAGCCAAGGAUGUGGAACCCAAUUCAUAUGAAAAGGCCAAGUGAAGGUCGGAUUGGGUGAAAGCAGUGAAGGAUGGGUUGGAUUCAAUUCACAAAACUAAGACAUGGCAACUCAUUAAUCC